AUGCGCUACGCCCUCGCCCUCGUCGCCGCUGUCCUCGCCAUCGUCCCAUCGAUCCACUGCCAGUCUGUCGCGAUCGGGUACCCGCCCGCCGGGACGACCGUCGCACCGGGGUCCAACUUUACCGUCCAAGUCGACAAACCCAACUCCCUCACAGGCUCCACCGACGUCUCCCUCAUCAUCGCCCUCCACGCCUGCACGACCAACGCAUCCGGCGCCCUCGCCUGCACCUCCCCCGCGGAGGAGAUGGGCACGAUCCUCUACAGCGGCCCGUACGCCCCGCAGUACACCAACGCGAGCGGCACGGGCGAGAAGCCGCCCCACCAGAACUUCUCCGUCGCCGUCCCGGCUACCGGGUUCGACGGAGUGGCGUUGUUGAGCGUGGGGCAUGUUGCGCUGGUCGGGGCUGGGAACUCCCCCAUGUUCGAAGUCGUCUAUGUCGACGUCCAAGUCGCUUCGUCCUCUGAUUGAUCCCGCUCCGCCAUCAUAUCCUCAGCGCUCUACUUGCCCGUGUGUCGCAUACCUGUCAAAUGUUGUACCACUAACCCUUCCCUUCCUCCCUUGCUCACUGUACGACUACAACCCUGUGCAACUGUAUCCCUACCCGUUUUGC